ACUAACGUCUCAUACACCUGGAGUAUGGGAGACCAGACCACCUAUGUCAAUGCAGGUGCUGUAGUGUCCCACGUGUUCCUGUCUCUGGGUGCGUUUGAGGUGUGUGUGUUGGCUGAGAACAAAGUGGGGAGUGUGAGCCACUGUGUCCCCAUCUCUGUGCUGCACCGGAUGCAAUCUGUGAGUAUCCACACAGAGAAACAGGCGUAUGCCACAAACACUGAUAUAACAUUCCGGGCCCGGACAGAAGAACCGGACCCUGUGGAAUUCCUCUGGCACUUUGGAGAUUCCCGACCUCUUCGGACCACGUCGCGCUCCUUAAAAAAGACAUACCACACACCUGACAGGUACAGUGUGGUGGUGGUAGCCUCCAACGGGCUGAGCUCCUUCACCUCCGAGGUGCAUCCUGUCCUGGUCCAGAGAGCUGUGCGUCCUAACAGAUUGCUCCUCCAGCCGUCUGUGGUUCUGAACCACACCGCCAGCUUCACCUGUAGGGUCAACUCUGGAACCAACCUUUCCUACUCCUGGAGCUUUGGAGACGGAACCUCCAGGACGGGAGGGAACACAGAACAGCAUGUGUUCCACAGGACAGGAGAGUUCACGGUUGAGGUGACCGUGUCUAACCUGGUCAGCUCUGCCUCCCUGACCGCACAGAUGUUUGUGGUCGACCGCCCCUGUAAUCCUCCAGCUGUUAAAAACAUGGGACCGCUCAAGAUACAGGCACGGAGGUAUGAGCCAGUGGGUCUGGGGGUGACAUAUGAGGCAGAGGUCCAGUGUGAUGUGUUCCAGGGUCUGGAGUACAACUGGUCUCUGUAUAACUCUACAGGCCUGCCUGUACCUCUACCUUCUGUUCACACAGACAGACAGAGCAUCACCCUACCCAGCCACUUCCUACACUAUGGUAUCUACACCGCUAUAGCCAAGGUCCAGAUCGUGGGCAGUGUGGUGUACAGUAAUUACAGUGUAUGUGUGGAGGUGGUGCCCAGUCCUCUGGUCUCCUUCAUCCAUGGAGGCACCAACGUGUUCCUCAGCAGCAGAAACAGCAGCAUUAUCUCCCUAAACGGACAACUCUCCUAUGACCCCGACUACCCCAUGAACCACCUCAGCUAUAGCUGGACCUGUAAGCCAAUCAGUGCCAUCGACAGCUCCUGUUUCGACCAAUAUGUGCCCACCUCCUUCUCUGUGAUCGUGUUUCCAUUGGGGUUCCUGAAACGGGACUUUGACCAGUUCAGGUUCAUGCUCACGGUCCAGAGUGGAGACCGCUCAUCUACAGCUGACACCUUCAUCACGGUCACACCCAGCCUGCUCAGGAGAGUGUCAGUGUAUUGUUACCAGUGCCAGGGGGACGUAGUGAACUGGGACCAGUCGUUCUCAGUCAGAGCAGUGUGUGAUAGCUGUGGCCCCUCCCCCAGAACUAUCCGCUACACCUGGACUCUCUACCUGGUCGACUCCUCCAGUAAGGUGGACACAGACGUCCCCUUCUGCCACAGUGUGGAUCUGAGUAUUCCCUCCAACAUCAUUAGUGGCCCUACCGUUCCCCUGCCUCCAGCCCUGACUCUCACCCCUCCAUCAUCACCCCCGCACACACCCUCAACCACAGCCAGCGUGAUGUCCUCAUCCACAGAGAUAUCCUCUAAUAUGACAUCAAUCCCAGCCAGCUUGGUGACCGGUCUGAUGUCAUCAAACGUGACCAGCCAUACUGAGAUACAAACUACGACCCCCACAACUCCCGACCCAGUCCCCCUGCCUCCCUUCCCCCUCUCUUCUCCAUCACCUGGUGGUCGCCCCCGGAAACAGAGGUCACAGGGUUCAGUAGAACUUCAGAGAAUCAAUAGCGCAGCCAUUUCUCUCUUUACCAAACCACGGUGUUUUGGCCAACCCUUCACCAAACUCCUCCCCGAGCCCAUCUCUGCUCCAAUCAGCUUCACUCCUGAUACACCUGAGCCAGACUUGGGAGGGUUUGAACCCGGUGUGCCCCCUUACCUCAUCUCAGAGUACCCUGUAGUUACCUUAGAUGAUGGCAGCAUCCUUUACUCUGCCCCCCUUGGCCAGAGUGACAUCAUGGAGGAAUUCCCCAUCGAUCUCGAUUUUCCCAAUGACUACGACUUCCCUUUCCCCGUCCUGGAGAGUGGAGAUGUGAGUGGACGUCCUGUUGAGGGCUCCUUUCCUGGACAGUCAGUUAGUGGUGGAGUGUUAGGACCCUUCCCCGGAUCAGAUCCCUCCACAGCAGAGACAAGCUGGGACCCCAAUGGAACACUCGAACCAUCAGGCAAUCAGACAGGCACAUAUAACUUCACUGAUUAUAAUGUUCCCUUCCUGGGGAUAGAGGAGGGAGACCCGGGAGCGUCAGUGGGCAGACCAACAGGUGUGGGUGGUGGGAGCUUUGAGAGCUCAGAGGGUGACUCUGCUCCUGCUGUCCCAGGAUCAGCUGAGGAUGAGGGGAGUAACCUGAUGGACUCCAGCCCCUCCCUGGUGGUCCUUGACCCCACACUACUAGACCUGCCCAGAGAACUGUUAGAACAGGAGCUGUUUGAGUCCUACACAUACACAGGAAUCUCCUCUGCUCUCAUCACGUUCAGACCUUUCACUCUGCGAGCAGGAAGCAGAUACAUGUUGGAGGUCACAGCUAACUCCCACGAUGCAGUACUGGGGCGGACUCAGCUGUUCCUGUCCACUAGCCCCAGCCCCCAAGGGAUAACCUGUCAGGUGCAGCCUAGCAGUGGCUUCGAGAUACACACACACUUCAGCAUCUUCUGCACCUCUGGGAAAGAGGACCUGCUGUAUGAGUACAGUUUCAGUAAAGGAAACAGGCCUCCUCAGACCCUGUACCAAGGAAGAGACUUUCAGUACUUCUUCAACCUGCCAUCUGGAGACCCUCAGGAUGACUAUAAAGUCACUAUCUAUACAGAGGUCCGGAACAGGUUUGGAGCAGCAACUGCACCCUGUCCUGUAACCGUCACAGUCCACCCCAGCUUCAUCAGGAACACCUCCUCUAACUACAACCCUGAUAAGGAACUUUUUGAGUCAGGUUUGAGGAACCUGUCUGAUCUGGUCCAGUUGGGGAACAGUGUCGAGAUCCGUAACUACAUCAUCCUCCUGUCCAGCGUCCUCAACAGACUCAGCCAGGACCCCACAGCCAACACACACACUCAGACACACACACGCACCGCACUCAUCAAUGCUGUUUGUCAGCUCGACAUCAAUGACCAGCGGUCCAUGACAGACAACAUCUACAUGCUCAAAGACCUGAUGCACCUCACCCACCAGGUAUCGUUAGCCAGUGCCAGUGUGGUGGUGGGUCAUGUCCAGUCCAUCUCAGACCUGUUCCACCAGCCCAGUGUUCCUGUUCCCUACCUAUUGGACAGCUGGACCCUCAACACUCUGGUCACACUGCUGUCAUACAGCCUGCAGGCCACCCCCACUAUUAAUGAUGUCAGACAAGACCAGGCCACUGCUGAUGAUGUCAUACAUGCCACGCCUACACUCAAAGAACAGGCCAUACAACUCACGACUGACAGUCUGCAGACUACUGAUCAAUUACUACUGAAAUACAUCCUGUUCAAUAAAGUCGAACAGCACAACGUGACCACCAGUGUCAUGGACCUACAGACCACUCACCACGACCGUGGUCUAACCACAGUCAUCAGCUCUGGCUUGGCCACCUUCUACCUGCCUGACUCCCUAGACCUGGUCCUGUACGGUCGUAGGAGGAGAGAAACCGAAGAUGGAACACAGAGUCUCUGUGUCCUCAGCCAGCUGACCACGUUCACACACAACCUCUACUUCUGGACCAAGACACCUGUACUGCUGAGUGGGCCAGUGAUUGACCUGACUCUGUACAACUGCAGCACAAGGAGAGAGAUUCCAGUACGUUCACUCUCCCAACCAAUCAACAUCGAGUUCCCCAAAACACCUAGAAAUGUAAGUUCUUUAUCGGAGUUCACUCUCCUGCGUAGCCAGGUGAACUACCACGGUUUGAACAUUACCCAGCAGGCCUUGCAGGAGGCCAUACUGGUCAGUGUGGAAUUCACACGGCCCCCCAACAAGACCUUUCCCAUCAUGCUCCUCUUCAGGAUGUUUGAGAGGCCGACCCCCAGCUUGUAUCACAUCCACAGCAUCUAUCACUGGGACGGAAACACCACUUACAUCACCCUGCCUCCAUCAUACCUCACUGCUGCAGGGACAGGCUACCUGGCUCUACUCAACGCUGACUACAAAAAGACCCCCAGACACAAGUACAUGAGCAGACAAGUGAACUACACAUUGAGACUGGAGACCAGCCAGUGUCUGUCCUGGGACCACCAGGAGGGCUGGACACACACCAGCUGCACACCUCAACUAGGACUGACUUCACACACCAGGGUCAACUGCAGCUGUAGCCACUUGAGCCCAUUGACCAUGGUCCAGCAGCAGAUCCAGAGCAGCCAUGACGACUCAGCAGAUCUGGCCCAGUUCAUCAGUCUCCCCAGUGAUGUGACGGUGGUGUGUGUGUGUGUGGUGUGUGUGUGUCUGUAUGCUCUGGGCAUGGUAGUGUGUAAGAGAGCUGACCUCAUCUCAGAGAGGAACCAGGGAGUCUACUACCUGUCUGAUAACGCUCCUUCAGACACACACCUCUACUCUGUUACUAUACACACCGGCCUCCGCUCCUCACCCAGCAUGACCGCUAAGGUCCAUAUCGUGCUGUAUGGGGAGGAUGGGGUGUCACAGACCAGACAACUACAUGACCCAGAAUGCCUUCUGUUCAGAAGGAACUCCAGGAACACCUUUAUACUGAGUACUGUAGACAGUCUAGGCCCUCUGUGGGGGCUGCACCUGUGGCAUGAUAACACUGGCUCCUCCCCCACCUGGUACCUCAGACAGGUGGAGGUGUGUGAGGUGAAGGGCAAGGGGCGGAGCUGGCUGUUCCUAGGCCAGUGCUGGUUGGCUGUUGACGAGGGUGACAGACAGGUGGAGAGGAGACUCAGGGUCUGUGUUCAGGGGCCAGGAUUCACCAAGCUGCUGUAUCUGAAGCUGUCAGAGUACCUGUCAGACUUCCACCUGUGGUUGUCUGUGUACAGUGGUCCCUCCCCUAGUGUGUUCACUCACACGCAGCGCCUCAGUGUGUGUCUGCUGCUGCUGCUGGGGUACAUGUGUGUCAACACGUUACUCAUAUCUGGCCUCGAUGACCAAUACACCUCAGAGCUGGGCAUCAUCGACGUGUCUACCGUUUCCCUAAUGACGGGGUUGCUCAGCGCGCUGGCUGUGUUGCCCGUAGUGUCCGCGCUGUCCUUCCUGUUCCGUCAGCGUAAGGUCAGAGUAAAGAGGUCAGAGGUCAAACAGGACAUGGUCAGACUGCCAGACAUCUACUCUAUAGAAGCUGAUGCGCUGAUUGUGAGUGACUGUGUGUUUGACUCUCUCUCCUGGAACAAUCUGCAGCAGUGUGCACAGGAGGCAUGGAGGAAGAAAUAUGAGGUGACACACUCUUCCUUGCCAAAUAGGGAUCUGGUAACUCAAAGAGGAGAUCUGGUAAGGGAUCUGCUGACCCCGGAGAAAGUCUCCUCAGAUUGCAACUCCAGUGGUUUUGACAGCUUGCUUGGCAGGUUGCUAGGCAACAGUGUCCCAGACAACAACAGCAUUAGCAAGGAGAGGGAUCGUAACCUCAACGAUAGCUCCAAACUGCUAGGCAGCAACCAGGUGGGCAACAGUACCAUGAGAUGCUUAGGGGGCAGGCUCAGCCCUCUACCCCGCUGGAGUCACCUCCUAGCCUGGGUAUUGUGUUUGGCCCUGGGCCUCUCCUCUCUAGGGGUCACUAUCGUCUUGGGGAUCAGGUUCAGCAGCAGUAAGACUUUACUGUGGAUCCAUUCUGUCUUCUUCUCCCUGCUCUCCUGUGUCUUCCUCAUCCAGCCAGCCGUGAUCCUUGCCGUGGCUGUGGUGGUCUCCUUCUGGCGCAGGAAGCGUCCGGACUUCUCAAGUUUCUCAGGAGUUCCUGGGUUUCAGGCAGAAACUCUGAAACUCUGGACCCAAGAUGGCUCCUGUGUCCCAGAGCUCUUCCUGCUCAGCCCUCCUCAUCCGCCCCAGGAGAUAUGCUCUCACUUUGACAGGGUGCUGGCGGCCCGUCAGAGGGCUCGGUAUCUGCGUCUGGUACGCCCACCCACUUCUGGGGAGCUGAGGAGGACAGGGGGGAGGAAGAGGAAAGAAACACUCAUUCGCAAAACACUCAGGGAGAUGGCAGUGUGUGUCUCCAUGCUGUUCCUCCUACUGUGUGUAACCUAUGGCAGCUCCUUUAGAGACCAGUAUCACCUCAACCAUGCCAUCCGAACACAGUUCACCAGGAGCCCACAUAACCCCUUCCUGUCGAUCCAAACGCAUGAGGAGUGGUGGAACUGGACCUUAACCAGUGUACUGGAUGGUCUGGACUGGGACACCUGGUAUAACAACAUAUCAGCAACUGGGAAGGCAGGUGCUGUCCAGGGAACAUGUAUUCUGAUAGGAGAGCCCAUCUUGAGGAAGAUUGAUGUUUCCAACGUAUCCCAAUGCCAGGUGCCUCCUGUAAUGGCGACCUUGUUCCCAGAAUGCCUCCCGGAAAGAGUCUCUGGGAUGGCGUUACCCAUGGAGGUCGGACUUCGUCUCUGUGGUCAAAUCCAGUGUUACACAGGAACUGGGACCACAGUACGACUGGGUCUAACACGGUCAGAGUUUGUGUCCAGGCUAGAAUCCCUGAGGUCCGCUGGCUGGCUGGACAGACUAACGGUAGCCAUGGCAACCCAGUUCACCCUCUACAGCCCCCCCACCAACCUGUUCAACAGUGUGAACCUGAUGGCCGAGAGAUUACCUGGUGGGGCUUUGCACACCUCCGCCCGUGUCCAGUCAGCUAGGGUCUACCAUUCACCUACUGUAUGGGACUACUUCAGUAUGGCAUGUCAGCUCCUUUUCCUCCUCGUCUCUCUGGUCCAGCUCGUCCUCCAGAUCUGUUCUGCUGGAGAGAAAGGCAUGCUGGGAUACUUGAGAGACCCCCAGAGUUGGCUCCAGGCCAGUAUACUCCUGGUAACCCUGGUGUACUACAUCUACUACAUCUAUCAGUCCAUUCUGACUCUGGAGGUCGUUGACCUGCUGCAGCGACACGACUUCAGGAUGCAUGUGGAUGUCAGCUUACUGUCUACCUGGGAACAGCACACCCAUACACUGCGUGGCAUACUGCUCUUCCUCCUGGUGGUGCGGUGUAUGUGUUUGUCGGGGGUUAACAGAACAAUGGCUGCCUCAGUGACUCUACUCAGACUCGCCUUCUCCAGACUUCUCCGGCCAAUGCUGUCAGGAGUUGUUCUGUUGGUGGCUCUGUCCUCUGUGGGAAACCUGCUGCUCCUGAGGAGGUCUUGGGGGUCCAGCUCCCUGCCCCACUCCGUCUUCACACUCCUGUCACUCUCCAGGGGCCAAAUGGGCUCCCGGGCCCCCUCCCUGCCCGUGGCCUCUCAGCCCCACCAGCUCCACAGCCCCAACAGCCUGUCUUUGUCUUUCUACCAUGGAGCUCUCUGUCUCACCCUCACUGUGGCCUGGACAGCAGUGUUGACUGGAAUCGUCUCCUCGUUAGUGAGAGCUGCUAAACUAGCUGGUAGGAGGAGGAGCCUACUGACUCUCUGUGACGUGGUUGGCUACGUCAGGGGUCGGGCAGCUGUGCUCAUUGGCCAACGCAGACAGAGAUGGACAGAUAGCCAUGCCCACAGGAGAAGUUUUUACCUGGAGGAAUUUGAGAGCCUGGUGGAUGAGCUGCAGUUUAGACUAAAUGCCUUCUCUAACAGUCUGCACCACACCCUACAACCUAAAGAUAUCUUCUCCCCCACCCAGAGCCCCUCCAGCCUGGCCUCACAGCGCUCUGCUGCCAGUGAAACAGCACACGUGACUGAAGAAACACUUCUCAAUGAUCCCCCUGACAUCACCAACCUCCCACUGACCUCCAGGGAACACUCACCUGACGCACACCACUACAGGUCUCAGCUUGAGUUGGAGACCCUCCACCAUCUGCAGCAGUCAGGCCAGAGGAGGCAGACCCCAGCCCCAGCUGGGGGACUCUCAAGUAGGGUUGGGCCAUCCGUCAGUCCCCUGCAUAGUGGAGCACCAGGGUGGAUCUCCCGAGAGCACCCAUCAGACAGAAACCUCCAGAUCUCCACCUCCAUAGGGGGGCCAAGCUACCUCUCCUCCCCAGAUUUGGUGCACCUAGCUGAGGCUCGGACAUGGGACAACAUGCCUCAGAUCCAGAGCCUAACAGGCUGGAUAGAUAAUCAGCUGGUUAAGACUGUGGUUCUGGAGAAUCAGAUCAGCCACUGGACCACUGUCGGUCGGUCUGGUAAGAAGAGCCACAGAAGUCCCAGAAACACCCAAUGGGCUACAGUAGAGGGGCCCAGCUCCAGAUAUACCACUGCUUCUGGGGUGAUGGAGGGCCAUGGAGGGCCACACAGGGCUGUGGUGGAGGUUAUGGUCCAUGGGAGCCCGGGAGCCCGGGAGACUGAGCCAGAAGAGGAGGGAUUCCUAGGGACAGUCAGACAGUGCUGGGGUUGACACUGUAUGUCGAGUCUAAUGAAUGAAAUAAUGAAUUAUCUUCAUCAAUAUGCUAUUCAAGAGGGAUAUUAUGAAAAAAAUAUGUUUAAAUACUCUGUGUGGAGGGGAUAAGGCUUAAUUACAAGUAUUCAGUAGGCCACUGUUUGUGUCACCAUGUCUAUUUUCAAAAACAUUAAAUAAACAAGGUGCACUGGUUGUAAAACAAAUAAAUAAAUGGUGUGUAAAAUACUUUCUCAAAUAAAUGGUGUGCAGGAUAGGGUGAGGGGAGUGCACACUGUUUCUUGAAAUAAUGAACAUUACAACAUGGCUCACUGACUAACUAAUAUGUUUACAGGACAGUUGCAUUGUUGCAGCA